GCUGUGUCAGACAAGCCCGGCAGCCCAGGAGCCAUGGCGUCUUAUUUUGAUGAGCACGACUGCGAACCGUUGAACCCUGAGCGUGAGGCCCGCAACAAUAUGUUGCUGGAACUCGCGAGAAGAGUGCGCGGGGCUUGGAGCUGGGCCCCGGGCGGCAGAUCACUCUUGAAUAGGAUGGACUUUGAGGACCUGGGAUUGGUAGACUGGGAACACCACCUUCCCCCACCAGCUGCCAAAGCUGUGGUGGAGAGCCUCCCCAGAACAGUCAUCAGCAGCGCCAAGGCUGAUCUCAAGUGCCCCGUGUGCCUUUUGGAAUUCGAGGAGGAGGAGACUGUGAUAGAGAUGCCCUGCCAUCAUCUCUUCCAUUCCAAUUGCAUCCUGCCCUGGCUAAGGAGAGAACAGGGCUGGGAGGCAGGAAAGGACUGGAAUACUGCUCUUGAUUUCUCUAGACAAAUUCCUGCCCUCUGUGCCGCCAUGAGCUGCCCACUGAUGAUGACAGCUAUGAAGAGCACAAGAAAGACAAGGCUCGCAGGCAGCAACAGCAGCACCGCCUGGAGAACCUCCACGGAGCCAUGUACACGUGAGGCAGCCGCCAGGGCGGAGCGCUCGGCCGCUGCGACACCUUCCCGCUGCACUCUGGAUCAUUAAAGGUUUCUUCACCCACCCUGCAGCUGCACAGCUCACCAGCUGAAGCAGGGGCUCCUUCCGAAUCCUCCACCCUGCUGCUAGCCAGAAAGAUGUCAACGGUGUCAAAAGUCAGAAGGUGCCAGGCUGCGUUUUCCUCUGCCAGCCUCUAGACUCUGGGUGGUGGGGCCCUGGAACAACCAGGGUUUGGGUCUGAGUGUUCUUUUAGAAGUCAAACUUGUGUCAGAGCCUGGCACUUUGUAGCUAUUUAAAACUGAUAAAUUAACUUGCACCACCACCCUCCGGAAAUCUCUAGUUAACCUUGGAACCUUUAGUUAACCUUGGAAU